AUGGUGUAUGACAGAGUUCGCAGUGGUCUUGGACCUCAUGAGAGCGCUUCCCUCGGUUCUAGCGGCAACCCGCGUUUACGCUUUCCAUCGGAUGCAGCACAAUUUAGUCAGAAGCCAGGCCCUGCCCAGCUACACGCAGCUCCGUCAUCCAACACACCAUUCACCGACGAUAGCUUGCCAAGCACAAGACUAAUUCUUGACCUGAUCUCGGAGCGCGUGUCUUCCUACAUACAACGUGAUAGUGCCGACAGGAAGAAUAGAAAGCUACGCCUCGAUGUAGAUCGCUGUCAAGCUGGAGAGUUUCCCGGCGCUACCGCCUUGCUCGACGUUCAUUUAAAGUCUGCAGACUAUGAGAAGGCUAAAUUGAACCAACGCAUGUCAGCCACUGACGAGAAGCUAGUGCGUGUUACAAGUAACUGGCGGUCACUGCUAGAGACGGCUGCGCAAGCAAAAUCAAUCAACGCAAAUGACCAUCAUACUCCUACACCACCUCCAAGCGGGACGCAUUCAGAUUCUCCUCUCAACAUUGAGGAAAGGCUGGCUCAGAUGAUGAAUAAAAUUAGGGAAGAGUCUCAAAACCUACAAUGCAAGACUAAAAACGACUAUGAGGUGGAGAUAGCCGCAUUGAAAGGGGAGCUUACUCAAGUGAAAGGGGAGCUUACUCAAGAGAAAGAGAAUUCGAAGUGUUUGCAAGCCGAGCUCAAAAGUAUGGCUGCCAGACUCUCGGCUAUUGAGACCAAGGUCGAGGACCAUGCUAAGAUUUCGUCUCAACUUGGCCAGGCCGUUCAGCAAGAGUCCCUCGUGGACUUGGAGUCCAGGCUAGUCAAGAUUGAAACAACGCAGACGGCAAUGCAGAAGCCAGACGAGUACGCAGGGAACGGCGAAAUCAAGCAUCAAGAUAUGGAUCCUGCACAAUGCCUUUGUCUGGAGCUGGAAGCUAAAUUGGAGGACAAAAUGACACAGUUUCUCUUGCAGAACAGCGAUAAAAUAGUGUCUGAUGAAAGGAUCCUACGCCUGGCGCAAACAACCGUCAAAGCCGUGGAGGCAGUUCUGCAAAGCUCGCUGAAGCGCAUGGCCGAUGGCUUUGGAACACUGAUUGACAAGGAAAGAGAAAGGCGUGCAAGCCUGAGUGUGCAGAUUCAGGCUGCUGAGCAGUCUGCGUCUGAAGCAGCUCAGGCUGUUGAGGUCAUGAGAGCAGAGUUCACUGAGGCACAGACUGCAAGCAAUACCUGCCGCCAGUCUAACGCGGCAACCAUGAAGAACCAAGAGACACAGAUACAGAAUCUCACAGAACUGCUGGCUUCAACACAGGGAAAAGUCGAAUCGGCCGAGACUAAGCUGCAGCAAUCAAUAGAUACACUGUGGCUGCGAUCGACCACUAUGGACGCCUGGCGGGAUAAUUUCUCCACGGCUAGACUCUUUGAGGCCCUUGUUCAGUACCUGAACAGUUCAUUCUUUCCGGAGCACAAGUCUAAACUGACGCAUUUAAGAGAUAGGGUGGCAAAUAUUGAGAGCCUCCUGGGCGAUGAUGGCAACAAGAAAAGAAAACUUGCAGAGCACGGCUCAUCUGCAUUUCCAUCUUUCAUCAACAGAUAG